AUGAAGUGUUCUGCUCGUCAGCGAGGCAAAUCAGCGAAGACAUCGACGCUUUCCUCCACCAGUAGCAACAUUGCUAGGCCAGAUACACAUUUUGAAAACCUCGACUCCGUGUCCGGCUCCUCCGCCAUUGAUGCACUCGUCCAUGACAUGGCGGCCUUACAAACAACCCUUGCAGUUACAACAAGUCAGCUCAAUAUUUCCUCUAGUCAGCUACAGUCUAAGGAGCGCGAAUUGGAACGAGUGCGCGGAAAGUUGCGCGACAUGGAGAAUAGCAUAUUAAACAACUCAUAUGCUCCCUCGACUGCUUGCAGCCAUGAGGCUUCGACCACUUGUGAGGUGCUUAUUGAGAAGAUAGACAGCAUAUGCAAUGCUUUAGGUGUGAAACCCAUCUCCACGGCUUAUGAGGAGAGUAAAGUCAGUACUGAUCACCACUUAUCGGACUCGAUUGCCAGCCAAGCUGAGCCCCUCCUCGUUCCACAAUCUGUGCCGGCGAGUGGAUCAGAUGCGUAUAUCGAUGAUACGAUAUCGACAAUUCUCAAGGUGAUAGAGGAUAAAUCCAUGCAGAUAAACUUUCUGGUCAACUCUCUUGAUAUUAUUAACGCACAGCUCAUCGAGGAGCGGCAAAUAUCGCGUAAGCUUGCAGACACUGUUUCUCAGCUGCAGAAAGACAAUUCCGUGCCACCUGAAGGCCUUAUCGAGUCUCAAGUUAUUAGUGACUCAGACAGUUCUUCUUUCCCAGCAAUCUUAAAUGGUUACCUCAAGAUGACCAAGGACGAACUGCUCAGAGAGUUGCAAGAUAAAGAUGCACAGAUCUCUAAGCUCCAGGAGACUCUUCACGGAAAUGACCAUCAUUCUCCAAUGACAGGAGGCGAUGUAGAUGCACCCUUGAGUCAAGAGCAAUGCAGUGAGGAGUUCGGAUCUAUCGCCUGUGGUACUCUCGAUGAAGCUGAGCUCACCAGCACUAUCAAAAAGUUUGUUGCAGAGUACCGAGCCAUAUCUGCAUCAGCUUCUGUUACUAUUCCGCAUACUAACAGACUGUUAGAUAUGCUUUUAGAUGCCAUAAAACUGCGGACAAUGUCGAGACACAAGCUCUCACCCAAAGAAUUGGACAAUGACAUAGCAACGAUAGAGUCCAGCUUUGUUUUAAGACAGAUGCGCAUGAAGGACGAAGAGAUAGCUCGGCUGAAGGAGCUCCUUCAGCAAAAGGAGUUCCAGCUCGACCAAGCCCUGCAGCAAUCAGUCAAGUCACACAAUGCUUCCAAAGAAAGCGGACUCGCUGAACACGUGAAUAUAGAACCAACUCCUAGAUCGACUCAGGUCCAGAGGGGUACCUUUAUUGGCGACAAUUGCGACUUAAUGCUAACGAAUCCUCAAGAAUCCUCUUCAAAAGGAAUGGAUAACUUGGGAACUGUUGUCCUUCCAGACCCGUCCUCUGCCAACGAAGCCGUUCUUAUUAGCUUCUCAGCGCGGUUGAAGAAGGUGCCCAUUCAAGACGUUAAGCAUUAUGGUGAUCCCAUAUACAAGAGUAAUGGGCUUACGAUCGCAUCUCGUGUCACUUUAGGGUCUCCACACAAGUCUCAACAUAAGUCUGCACACCAAGCUGCAAAUCUAUACACCUCUGCUGGAGACCUUGCGCCUCAAGAUCUAGAGAUCUAG